AUGGCUGAACAAUUGAAGAAGUAUAUGGAAAAACUAGAUGAUCUUCCACCUUUUAUUCGCAAAAACGCAGAAGAGAUCCGUGAGCUUGAUGAAAAGGUUGAGAAAAUAAUGCACGAUAUACAAAUUCGCACAGUCGCACACGUUAAGAAUCUGAAGAAAACCACUAGAGAACAGCGAGUGAAGUGGUACAAAGAAGUCCAGGCAAUGUACAAGGAAGCUGAUAAGCUGAGUGAGAGGAAAGUUAAACUAGCGCAGAAAAUGUACGACACUGUUGACAUGCACAUUAAAGAGAUGGAUCAGCAGCUCGUAGAAUUCCAGGAGUUCCAAGUCAAGAAGUACAGCGAAGGCCAACCAAAAGCAGGUACUUCUAAUGCAGAGGGUCAGAAGCGAAAAGGAGCUGUAGCCGCUAUAAAAGGAGAU